CCCUCCCAGGCUGACUUACCCCUUCGUUGAGGCGGUAGAAAAUGUUAUCUGUGGCCUGGUCGAAGCCCCGCUCGAAAACCACCGCGCCCACCACGACCGCGAAGAUUAACGUGGACGUGCGACGGAAGACCAACCGGUACGCCUGCUGAACGAACGCCAUCUUCGACCGCUUGAGAGUAUCGCGCAGGCGCACUCCAGCCCUCGGGAAUAAAGGCGCCCUCUGCGGCUACCGGGACAUCCUGGGCAGGAAGGGCCGCGCCGCGCCGAAUCCUGGGCUUUGAAGUCCGGUACCACAGCUAGCGCGCUCUUUCUUAUGGAAGCGGAACUAUAUUUCCCAGGAUACCCCGCCAUCCCUUCGCUUGAAUCCCGACCGUGGAGGCCUCUGGGAGGGGUAGCCUCGUUUCCGGAGCUCUGCUGGGGUCUUGGCGUUAUUGAAUUCCAAGCCGACUUUUAAGGCGCGGUUCAAUUCGGGAACGUGCGAAGGGAGGAAUCCGGGCUGCAGAGCGUCCACGCGCUUCGGGAAGGUGAGCAGGCUCUGCUGUGGCUCAAAGACCACCCUUGACCCAGGCCCCUGGAGAGGUGGGGCAGGGACUACACUUCCUAUCAUCCCCAGCCAGCCCCGUCCAGUAGUGCUUGACCUUCUCUGACCGAAAGAGGGCUGCGAGAUCUGGGCUGCGACCACCCGGAUGACUGGAGAAAGCAGCAAAUAAAUGCCGAAUCUCUAAAUCUCAGUAAAAAUUCGAAAUGGGGAAGCGGUACUUCUGUGAUUACUGUGACCGCACUUUCCAGGACAAUCUUCACAACAGGAAAAAACACUUGAAUGGGGUGCAGCAUUUAAGGGCCAAGAAAGUCUGGUAUGAUCUCUUUCGAGAUGCUACAACCAUCUUACAGGAGGAACAGACUAAGAAACCCUGUCGGAAAUUUCUGCAAACAGGCCACUGUGAUUUUGGCUCCAACUGCAGGUUUUCUCAUAUGACGGGGGCGGAUCUCGAGAAGCUGAACGUGCAGGUGCAAGAGGAGAGGAGAAUGAAAGAUCAGCAGCUGGAUGGGAUGGUGCUACCGGUGGGCACGAUCGAGGGCUGGCUGGAGAAGCAUGCCAAGCGGCUGCGCGCUGCUCAGAGGGACAGUCCUCUUUCCGAAGAAGAAUUGGUUUUCCAGUAUCCACCAGGCUGGCCCCCAGUUCAGGAACUGCCACCCUCCCUGAGAGCGCCCCCUCCUGGUGGCUGGAUGAUUCCACCAGGUCUCCACUGGGGCUGAGAGUAGAUGGAGCCGAAAUGCUGGACAGUUUAAUGCUGAGGACUCUCUCUGUGCCUCUGGAGAAAAUAAAGAAUCUACUUUAAUACAUGUUGUCUUCAGAAAUUCCUGCAUUGCCAGCUAAUUUAGAAUUUGCAGGACAGAUAUCGAAGCAGGAGGACAUUAAAGGAUGAAAGGACAUUAAAGGAUUAAAGGAGGACAUUAAAGGACCAGGACUGAAACAAACAGUGUCAUAUUUAUUUAAAUUGUCUCCGUUAAUUACUUAUACCUCUGGGGGCCUUUCCUCAAUCUGCCAUGGUG